AUUGAGAAUAUUACGGAUCGGCCAUUAAUGUAGAAAAUUGAAUUGGAUUUCGGACUUCCGUAGAUGAGAAUCCCUCGGCCUCACUCCGUCGAAGGAACACAGGCGUAAGUCUCGGCGAGGUCUGGCAUUGUUUUCCGAGAGAGAGAGAGAGAGAGAGAGAGAGAGAGAGAGAGAGAGAGAGAGAGCUUUGGGGUACUACUGAGUCGAACUCGGAAUGGAACUCGGGAUUUGGAGUGAGUCGAGAAUAUGGAGAGAGGUUUCGGUCCAUUGAUCCAACUGCAAGGUACUUCCCAUCCGGGCGAAAGUUUUGAUACAAUUCCAUUUCGAUUUAACAUUGGCAACCUGGUAAACUAUAUUUCAGCACUCGCAAGUGCAAGAUUGUUGGUGUUAAGAAAAACAUAGAAGUCGUACAGGGUGCCGAUGUUUACCCUGCGUCUCAACAGAUGCUUAUUCAUCAAGGGAAAGUUCUCAAGGAUAUGACUACUCUUGAAGAAAAUGCAGUUGCGGAGAACAGUUUUAUAGUCAUCAUGUUGACUAAGACAAAGGCAGCACCAAGCGGGGCCUCAAGUGCAUCAGGGGGAGUCGUAAGCCAGGCCCAACCUGUUAGUGCGCCUACUCCAAUAUCAACAACACCGUCUACAACAACUUCUCAGAUUCCUGCCUCAGCUGCGGCACAGUGAGUGCUUUUUCCUUCCUUAAUUGAUAGUGUGACUAUUUACAUUUAAAAUUAGGUCCUUAAGGCAUAUGUAAUUC